GGGAGACGAAGUCCCUGGGGAGACGAAGCCUGGGGAGACGAAGUCCCUGGGGAGGCGAAGUCCCUAGGGAGACAAAGUCCCUGGGGAGGAGAAGUCCCUGGGGAGGCGAAGUCCCUGGGGAGGGGAAGUCCCUGGGGAGGCGAAGUCCCUGGGGAGGCGAAGUCCCUGGGGAGGAGAAGUGCCUAGGGAGACGAAGUCCCUGGGGAGGCGAAGUCUCUGGGGAGGAGAAGUGCCUAGGGAGACGAAGUCCCUAGGGAGGCAAAGUCCCUAGGGAGGAGAAGUGGGCGAAGUCCUGGGGAGGUGAAAUUCUGGGGAGGUGGAGUGCCUAAGGAGGCGAGGCGAAGUCCCUGGGAGGCGAAGUCCCUAGGGAGGCGAGGUCCUCAAGGCGGCGAGGUCCCCAAGGAGGGGAGUCGCGAAGUUAGAAGUCCCUAUAAGUCCACAAAGGAGUCCAGUGGCUCUUUAAGGACUUUACCUACCUGGGGUGGGGACUUUUUUUUGGAGAUGAGCUUCUAAGGAUUUUGCUAUUAAUUUAC